GCGGUGGAAAAUGGGGAGAGACACUUACAGUAGCUCCCACGGGCUAUUCCGCAAGGGAAGGGCGCCCCUGACGUUCUCGCCUCCAGCCUCCAUCCUGCAGGUUUGCGAGCAGUGUUUUAGGAGGUGGGGCUGCCCGCAGACCCACCCACUAGGGUCUCUAGCUUUCACCUGAGGGUCUGAGGUUCCCGCGGCGCACGUGCGGCGGAUACCCCCACCCCCUUGGUGGGCGGGGUCGUUCUCAGAGCCAAUGAGAGCUUUGGGGGUGGAGGAGUAGGGAAGCUUCCAGAGGGGCAGAUUGGGAGGAGUUUAUAAAGGGGGUACGAGGGAGCCAGUGGGAGAGCAAUGCAGUCCAAGCGGGAGUGUGAGCUGUGGUGUGAGAGGGUGAAUCCGGAGAACAAGGCGGCGCUGGAGGCGUGGGUCAGGGAGACGGGCAUCCGCCUGGUGCAGGUGAACGGGCAGAGGAAGUAUGGCGGGCCACCCCCAGGAUGGGUGGGCAGCCCGCCGCCGGCCGGGUCAGAAGUGUUUAUCGGGCGGCUGCCCCAGGAUGUGUACGAGCACCAGCUGAUCCCACUGUUCCAGCGCGUGGGCCGCCUCUACGAGUUCCGCCUGAUGAUGACCUUCAGCGGCCUGAACCGCGGCUUCGCUUACGCCCGCUACAGCUCGCGACGCGGCGCCCAGGCCGCCAUCGCCACGCUGCACAACCACCCGCUGCGGCCGUCCUGCCCGCUGCUCGUGUGCCGCAGCACCGAGAAGUGCGAGCUGAGUGUGGACGGCUUGCCGCCGGGCCUGAGCCGCCAAGCGCUGCUGCUCGCGCUGCAGCCGCUGGGGCCCGGCCUGCAGGAGGCGCUGCUGUUGCCCAGCCCUGGGCCGGCGCCCGCGCAGAUCGCACUGCUCAAGUUCAGCUCGCACCGCGCCGCGGCCAUGGCCAAAAAGGCCCUGGUGGAAGGGCAGUCACGCCUCUGUGGAGAACAGGUGGCCGUGGAGUGGCUUAAGCCAGACCUGAAGCAGCGACUCCGCCAGCAGCUCAAGUGUCCGUCUCUACAGUGCCUACAGCCAGAGGGCAGCCAAGUAGCCCUGGCCAGGGACAAGGGGCUGGAGUCCCAAGGGGCUCGGGCUGCCCUGCAGCUGCUAUGCCAACGGAUGAAGUUGGGCAGCCCACUGUUCCUCACCAAGUGUUUGGGCACAAGUUCUGGCUGGCACCGAUUCUGGUACCAGGUGGUGAUCCCUGGGCAUCCAGUGCCUUUCAGUGGCCUCAUUUGGGUUGUGCUGGCCCCCAGUGGGCAGGAUGGGCAUGAGGUGGCCAAGGAUGCUGUGUCUGCAAGGCUGCUGGAGGCUGAGUCUGGGGCCAGCCUCCAGCGGUCUGCUGCGGCUGAGGCAGGAGGUACCAUGGUUCAGCAGUGACCUAAUCCUCUCCCCAGGCAGCCUGAAUGAGUAGGCAGAGCCUGUGUCAGUCCCUGGCCCAGCAGGCCUGGGCAGCUGCUAUCUGAUCCCAAGAAGGGGAGGAGCAUGGGCCCUGCCCUAGGCCUGACACAGCCUCCCAGCUGAGGCAGGGCCCGCCCACAGCACCUCGGGGCAGCUCAAGUUUGGCUAAGUUGUGGUGAGGGAGCUUCCCUUCUCCCUCCCAGCCUGGGGUUUAACCUGACCCCAGGGUUGUUCUCUGACACACAGUCGCACACACACCCCUCUCUCCUCCCACAGCUUAGCAUGAAUCUUUGCUUCUUAUUUUCUUGAUUUGUCUUUGUUGAUGUUUUUAUUUGGGGGCUGGCUGAGCCAAAGGGUCAGAAAUCUGCCUUUGCCCCAACCACUUGGCAUUCUGGUUUUGGUGUAUGCGUAGUUUUGAGUUUUUCUAUGCUGGUUGUAUUUAUAUUAAACCCCUGGUUGGUUUA